UUGACGUUUCAUGUUUAUCAUGUCGAAUUGAUAAGAAACAUUGUUGUGUUGUAAAUUAAAUUUUGUGUUUUUUUGUUUGUAAUAUAAAUAUAAAACAUGAUGCAGCAUCAAUAUUGGGUUACAAAAAAGACUGUUCAAAGGAAAUUAGGAAGCAAAGAGGAUGACUGCAUAAUUUCUUCUGAUGCUGAGUUGGACGCAAAAUUAGAACUGUUCAGAUCUAUUUCUGAUACUUGCAUUCAGUUACAGCGAAUUAUAGAUUCAUACCAAGAAAGGUUAUGCUAUUUAGCUCAAGAAGAGAAUGCUUUGGGCAGAUAUUUAAAAGAAUGUGGUAAAAAUGAAAAAAAUUCAAGUGCUGCUCAACUUUUGUCAGUGGCUGGUAAAGCUUUGGCAUAUACUGGCCAUCAAUUGUUAACCGUUAGACCUCCCCUAGUACGACUACAUCAUGAUGUAGAGACAUUUAGAGCAAGGGCUAUAUUAGACACAAGAGCAACUGUAACAGAAAUGGAGAAAGUUCGCACUGAAUACAGGGGUGCAUUAAGUUGGAUGAAGUCUGUCUCUAAUGAGUUAGAUCCGGACACAGGUCGCGGAUUAGAACGUUUCAGAAAAGCCCAGUCUUAUGUUAAAAUGUCUAAAACAAAAUUUGACCGUUACAUGCUGGCAUGCUUACAAAAAGUUGAUUUAUUAGCAGCUGCUAGGUGCAAUAUGUUUUCUCAUGCGUUGGUAUCCUAUCAGAAUGCAAUUUCGAUAUUUUCAGCUAAAUCAUCAGAAACUUUGAUGCAUGCAGUUAAAAAAUUAAAUGAUGUAGAGCCCUUUGAAUUUUGUGCUGUGUCAGAAUUAGCAGGAAGUGUAGAAGACGAAAAAGAGAAUAAGGAUAAAAACUCAUUUUUCAACUCAGAAUACAAAGAUGCUGUUCCAAACAAUAAGGAUCAAGAAAACAAAACGAAAGAUUCUAAAAAAGAACUACCAACCACAGAUUUACUUGGUGAAAACUUCUCCAUCCCUCCAGUAAUCCCUGACACAAAUGCUAUUGAAGGUAGCAAACAGUCUGAUUCAACACUCAGUUCUGAACUUUUGAGUUUAAACUGGCCAUCUGAAAAUGACCUUCUAGGAGACUUUAUGCCUUCUAAAUUUCUCCAAGAGGGAACAUUUAACUUUGAUACUCUUAGCCAAAAAAGUGAAGAACCAACACCCAGUGCAAUCAAGGAUGAUACAAAAAAAUCCAACGAUUUAAAGUCUCAAAUGUCCUGGCUCAGUUUAUUCAAAGAACUGGACCCUCUUGCAAAUCAGGACAUUGAAUCAGGAGAUAGAGCUUGAAUAAGUUCUUUAUUUAUUUAUUUAUUUCGAGGAAAAGUGCUUUUUGUUACCAAAGAACAUUAUCAGUAUUUAUAAUCCAAAGCUUUUGGUGUAUUUUAUGUUGGAAAUACAAUAACUAUUCUACAUUCCAAUUAUUGCCAAAGAUUUAUAAAGACAUGUUUUUUUUUGUGUGUUAUGUUCCUGUCUAUUAUUUAUAUACUUACACAAACUAUAAAUAAGUAUUUAUCUAAGAUCUGUUAAUUUGUAAGAAAUUUUAUGAAUAAAACUUAUUAGCCUCAAGUAAUAAUA